AUUUUCGCGCGGCGUAGGCACGCCUCCGGCCACCACCGCAGCAGCAUCCUGCGCGUCGCUUCGGCGUCGCUCUCUCACGCGCGCGCGCGCCUCUUGUGUGAGUGUGUGCGUGCGUGUCGCGGGUUGUGUCGCGCCUGCCGGCGCCCCCACAGAGCCGUGGCGGCUGAGCACGGUGACAGAGCGGCGGGCUGCCCCUCGCUGCAUCCUGCGCCGCCGCUGGAAAUGCGCUCGUCGCCGGCCGAAGCCGCCGCUGCCGCCGCCGCCGCGAUGGCGUUCCAGCCGUUUCUGAGACCGACGCCACCGGACUUCUCGGUACACUCGCUUCUCAGUGGUGCCGCCAGUGCACAGGCGUCGCCGUACUUCGCCGCAGCGGCGGCCGCCGGAUUUCCCGCCGCCGCGCUGUUCCCAAAGUUGCACCCGGGGCCGGGACCCCCACCGCUGUCGGCCGAGGAGUUGCUCGCCGCGGCCGCGGCACACCGCGGCGGACCCCUGUUGAGACCACCUCCCGGGCUGGAGCCCGAAGACGACGGUGUGCAGGACGACCCCAAAGUGACGCUCGAGGCUAAGGAACUGUGGGAGAGGUUUCACACGUUCGGCACCGAGAUGGUGAUCACCAAGUCCGGCCGGCGCAUGUUCCCCGCCUACAAGGUGCGAGUGUCCGGCCUGGACAAGAAGUCCAAGUACAUCCUCCUCAUGGACAUUGUGGCCGCCGACGACUGUCGGUACAAGUUCCACAACAGCCGGUGGAUGAUCGCCGGCAAGGCCGACCCCGAGAUGCCCAAGCGGAUGUACAUUCAUCCGGAUUCGCCGUCUACUGGCGAACAGUGGAUGCAGAAGGUGGUCUCUUUCCACAAGCUCAAGCUUACGAACAACAUCUCCGACAAGCACGGCUUUCAGACCAUCCUGAACUCGAUGCACAAGUACCAGCCGCGGUUCCACCUGGUGAGGGCCAACGACAUCCUCAAGCUGCCGUACAGCACCUUCAGAACGUACGUGUUCAAGGAGACCGAGUUCAUCGCCGUCACCGCUUACCAGAACGAGAAGAUAACCCAGCUGAAGAUCGACAACAACCCUUUCGCCAAGGGAUUUCGGGACACUGGCGCGGGCAAGAGGGAAAAGAAGAGACAGGCGAUGCUUCUGCAGCAGGCGCCCUCUUCCCUGCACGGUGGCUCCCAGGGCUCGUCGCUGGGAAGCCGCCUGUCUGCCACCAAUCACCAUCACACGACGCUAGUGUCCGGCCAGGAGGACUCGAGUGACGACGAUGACAAGUUGGACGUCGGCGAGGCGUCGGACCUCAGGCCGGACGGCGUGCUCGGUGCGAGCCCCGGUCGGGACAACGAUGACCGGCGCGACGACCGUCUCGACGGGCGCUCUCCCCUCAGCAGCACCGGCUCGAUCGACCUUCAUGACCGAGUUGGCAAGCUGUCUUCGAGCGCAGCGAUCUCCGGUCUCCCACAGCCGUCGCCUUUGCUGCCGUACUUCUACCCACCGUCGCUGUACCCGCCGGGCCUGACGUUGCCGCAGCUGUUCUUCCCUGGCGCUGCCGCCGCCGCCGCUGCGGCAGCCGCGGCGGCCGCCGCAGGCCUGCCGACGUCACCCGGUGGGGCGACCACUCCCGCUGCGCUCUCCUUCCUCAUGGCGGCCAACCACCCGCUGCUCAACCCGGCGGGUUACUCGGAGGUAGCCGCCAGGCUGAAGCAGCACCGCUUCUCGCCCUACACGUUGCCGGGUAGUCCUGUGGCGGCGACGGCGUCGCAGCAGUCUCCCUUCCGGUUCCGGCCUGGCGGCGGUGGCUUCUUCGACGAGGACGGCUCCCCGCCGCCGCCGGAUGCGCGGUCGCCUCUCGAGACGUUCCCGAGACAACACCAGCGGCACCCGACACCACCUUCGUCGACGACUCCGCCUCCUCUGAUACCGGACUGCGGGGCGUCGUCCGCCGCUCCUUCGUGCUCGAGCAAGCCCGGUACGCCGGUGAACUCGGACGACGGCGGCUGCAACUCGUCCUCGGAGGGUUCCUCCUGUAGGAGCACCUCCGGUGGUGGGUUCGCCUCCGGCGUCUCGCUCGCCGCUGCUACGUCGUCAUCGGCGGCGUCGAGGAAGCGCGCCUCACCUCCGCUCUUGUCGUCUUCGCGGUCCACCUCGAACGACCUGAGGAGCAUCGAGAACAUUGUGAACGGACUCGAACAGCGGCGCAGAGACUCAAUGGCCGCCGCGGCUGCGGCUGCCAUGGCGGCCGCGCAGCAGGACAGCAAGGCCGGUUGCUAGUACAGGAUGUAUUGUGCAAUGCGUGUUGUGUACAUAGACGCCCUGCUGUAUACGCUAACAUGUGUUCACGCGCUACCCUCCGUGUCGGAUUGUCUUCGCAAAGCACUCACGAAAAGCUUCCAGGUUUGGGCAUGUCCAUGUUGGUGAAUCGCUUCGUGUCGAAGGGUUGUUGUCUCGAUUGCUUGUGGCUGCUGCUGCUCCGACACAAAAUGUGUAGAGCAAACGUCCUUAGACGUCGUUGUUUUACAACCGUGCGGGUAUGUUAUCAAAGUCCUAAGAUGGCAUGAGGGAAGUGACCUGCGCUCGGCAGAGCGUAUUUACGUGCCGCCUGCCAAUAUAUUCGGCGAGCAUAACGUUAACAGAGGAACCGCGUGCCGAUACCUCCCUCUCAUUCCCCACCAGUUUGUCUCAUGUCACUGCA